CACCCUUUCCCACCCUCACUCUUCUUCUGCAUUGGCAAUAUGGUCUCACAUCUCUCUAAGACCUCUUCUCACUCUGCCCUCUCUCUCCUCAUCUUCUCUCUCCUCGUCGCUUCCGUUUUCGCAAAAAGACCCGGGCAUCUCCCCAAAAACCAACACCCCAUGAUCGGUUUUGGGAAAGAGAAAGUGAGCCACCUCCACUUCUAUUUCCAUGACAUUGUAAGCGGCCCGAACCCGACUGCCAUCGAAGUAGCACGUGCACACUCCACCAACACAUCAGACACUGGCUUCGGCCUAAUCAUGAUGAUCGACGAUCCCCUCACAAAGGGACCUGAACUGACUUCGAAGCUCAUAGGGAGGGCUCAAGGGAUCUACGCUUCAGCUGCGCAAGAAGAACUUGGCCUUUUAAUGUCUCUAAAUUAUAUGUUUGUGGAGGGUAAAUACAACGGGAGCACCCUUAGCAUUCUAGGGCGCAACGCGGCAAUGAGUGGUGUGAGAGAGUUGGCCGUGGUGGGAGGAAGUGGCGCAUUUAGGCUGGCUCGUGGCUAUGCAUUGGCCAAGACCCAUGCUUUUGAUCCGAGCACUGGAGAUGCUGUGGUUGAGUACAAUGUGGUGGUCCUUCAUUACUGAGGGAGAGGCUCAUUCUUUUGAUUUCUUUUCUUAUGCAUAUUUUGAGGGGUGUAGAUCUCUUUGAAAGUCUCUUAUAGGUGCUCCAUGUUGUAAUAAAGGCGUCCCGUUUUUUCAUUUUCUGGUAUACAGUUUAUGGCGAGUUAUUUAUGAACUUGUCCUACUUCUAUUUUGCU